AUGACUGCUACCACUACCUCAAUCUCCAGAUCCAUCACAAAGUCCGUCUUCUCUAGGAAACAAUCCGAGGGUGUCGGCGCCCGUGUCCGUCGAUCCAUCGGACGUCCCGAACUCCGUAACCACGACCCCUUCCUCAUGCUAGAUGAAUUCACCGUCGACAAGAACGGCGGCUUCCCUGACCACCAUUACCGCGAAUUCGAAACUGUGACCUACAUGCUCGAGGUCAAGUCGCAGACCCAUGCUCAAGGAUUGCAGCGCUGGAUCAACUUACCCCAGGAGCACACGAUGUACGAGCCCCAGUACCAAGAACUUCUGGACGCACAGAUCCUACGCGCCAGACCCAAGGAUGAAUUUGUUGUUGAGGUCAUUGCUGGCGAGUCGCACAGCCUCAAGCCUCAGAGCUAUACCCGCAAACCCAUCAUGUACCUCGACUUUAAGAUGUCCAGCACCCAGACUAUCACCAGGACUAUCCUGGAAACAAAAGGCAGAUUCUUCCACGUCCUCAACGGCACUGCAUACAUAGGCGACCUCGGCCACGAGACCGAAGCCAAGGCGUAUCAUGCCCUCAUCUUCUCCGAGGAUGGUACCAGCACCAUCAGGAUCCAGACAAAGGAUGAAGAAGCGGAUUUUGUGAUGAUAACGGGAGAGCCGUCGAAGAAGCCCGUGGUCCAGAUUGGUCAGCUUGUGAUAAAUACAAGAGAGGAGGUGUAUCAUAUCGGGAUUAUCGCGAUGGCGUGA